UCUCGUUCGCGAGAACGUGAUCGUCGAGAUUGUGAUGCUUCGUGGUGAUUGAUGAGUCGAUGAAUCAUUGGUUUUUCCGUGCUGAGAUACGUUUAUGAUUCGCGUGUCUUCUCACCAGGAUCAGCAAGGAUUCUAUGUGUACACCGGAGAUCCGCUACACGUGACUUCACGGCUUGCCGACCGCGUGUUUAUUACGUUGUGAAUAUAAUUCGAUAGACAGCACGGAAUUGAAGUUGACGAGGGAAAAUCACCAAGUAUGAAGCACCAAAUGAAAGGAGCGUUUCUAAUCUUCUUCGUCGUUCUUUCGUCGGGAACGAUGGGCCUGCCGAACGGGGCACCCCCAGGCUCAUGCGAAGAUCUGACUCCUCGUCAUCCUGGAAGCGCGAACCAGGAAAUUUACCCUCCUCCUUACCAAGUUUUACCAGCUGCAGGACAAGGUAGAGUCCGCUUAAUUCUAGGAAGUCCUCACGGUCUUGCCUACGAGGGUUUCAUGAUAGUUGCACGUGACGCUGAGACCGGUGAAUUCGUCGGGGAGUUCGCGAACUUGCCCGAUUUGGCGAGGAUCGUCGAGUGCACGCAAGGUCUAAAGAACGCGGUGACUCACACGAACACCAGCAAGAAGCACAAUCUCGAGUUCGAUUGGGAGGCACCUGUGGAUUACGAGGGCACCAUUGUGUUCAAAUCCACGUUCGCGCAGGAUUACAGUACGUUCUGGGUCGGCGUGGAAUCGCCACGAGUUAACGUCCGCAAACGAUCCAUCGACGUAUUGACCUCUUCUACACCGAUUAGCACGCUGAGAACAACCACGCCGCCCUAUUACAGCCCGACCGUCGAUUACGAGACGAAGGACGUAGAGGAUCCCUUCUAUUCAGGAUGCGGCUCGAUGAAGAACUGUUUCGGCACACCUUCGGGAUGCAUGGAGACGAAAAAUUGUAUGGCAGCUGUGACUGUACUCGUUCGUGGCGAACGAUAUCUGUUCGAAUUGCAAGCACGUGACAGUAAAUACGUAGCUGUCGGUUUAUCUGAUGACAGUAAAAUGGGUGACGAUAGUGUGGUAGAGUGUGUGAACGGCGGAGAAGAAAUUACGUUACACAUGUCUUGGAACUCUGGAAAGCAUAAUACACGCCAGCCGAUGCAAGAAGGAGCCGUCCAAUUGGAAUCGAGUUCCAUCAAGGAUGACGUGAUCACCUGUAAAUUUUGGAGAGAGAAAACCACAGUUGUCCAAGGCCGUGAAUACGAUCUCGUCAAUACACCUUAUAAUCUUCUCGUCGCCGCUGGUAAAAGCUUGAAAAGUAACGGCGUCGGAUUCCACGACACGGCUUACGACGCGACCGGUGGCGCAAAGUUAUUAUCCGACGUCGGUGGUUACACAACGGCGAGCAAUGUCCUGAUUCGUGUGCACGGUGCACUGAUGCUGGCGUCUUGGAUCGGUACCGCUUCCAUUGGCAUCCUUUUGGCCAGAUACUACCGGCAGACAUGGGUCGGUUCGCAGUUGUGCGGAAAGGAUCAUUGGUUCGCUUGGCACAGAUUCUUCAUGAUACUAACGUGGUCGAUGACGAUAGCGGCGUUCGUGAUAAUAUUCGUCGAGCUCGGAGAAUGGAGCUCUGAAGUGAUCCACGCGUCUCUCGGAUUAGCAACAACGAUUUUAGCCUUUAUCCAACCGUUUAUGGCAGCUGCGAGACCUCAUCCAGGAGCACCCAGAAGACCUCUUUUCAAUUGGGCGCACUGGUUCGUUGGGAAUGCGGCGCAGAUUUGCGGCAUAAUCGCAAUUUUCUUCGCGGUCCGGCUGAAUAAGGCCAAACUCCCGGAAUGGGUCGACUGGAUUCUGGUCGCCUACGUGGUAUUCCACAUUCUGACUCACCUCAUACUCACGUUCGUUGGAUGUGCCUCUGAUAGACAGGCAAGCCAGAGAGUGAAUUCGUUCCCGAUGAAAGACAUGCAUUCUCGUGGUUCAAUGGUCCAUCCGGAUGCAAGACAGGACGCCCCUCACGCCGGGAUCAGGAAAUUCAUCUUCGGGAUAUACUUCGUCGCGAUCGUCCUGUUCACCGCUGCCCUCAUCGUAAUCACCGUAUUGGCGCCUAUAGAGGACACAUGGGUCACCAUCACGAACACAAUUAAGAAUUAUUAAGUUGCUGCUGCCUUCAACGGCAAGCUAUGGGUGGUAUUUUGCAUCGUUUGAUCACGCGACGACCAAGCGAGCGUUGUUGUGUCAGGAAUAUCGUUGCGAUAAGUUUCGAACUGCUUCGUGCACAGUAUAUUCUCGAGUGACUGUUUGUAUGUAAAUGAGUCCUGAAUCGAGACAAGUCAUCAUCAUUCACGGGGACCACAUAUGACAAUGAGUGUGAGUUUGAUAUUAUAUGUAUUGGUUUGAUUGCAUCGAACGACGUUGAAAAAUAGUUUGGAGUUUUGUAACAGUAGGAACAGAUGAAAAUUCGUUGUAUUCUCGUGUAACGAGAACGACAAUGCGUAGAACGUGUAUAUUUGAUUCGUAUAAUUUCUUUCAUCGACCCUAGACCGCAUACUCUGUUACAGUAUCUUUCCUUCCAUCCACUUGCUAGACUGACUUUUAACGACUGGCUUCAAUUCAGUACCUAUUCGCACAAAUUCUUCGUACAAAAGGUCCGUCCAGGAAUAUGACUUAAACGCAGUAUACAUACAGAAAUAUCGUAUUUUAUUUUUUGUUACAAAUAGAAGAAAAACAUGGCAUUAGUUUGUUUACACUCGCGCGACGUUCGCACAGCGUACUUUGUUGUUGUUA